GAGUAUGCAAAGUUGGGGCCGGCUUUGCAAGAGAUCCUGAAUCGGUUCCAACUUGUGGAGAUGAUGUCUGCUGACAUGAGACAAGAAGAAGACAACAAGAAGACAGCGUCUGCCGUCUAUGAGCUCUUGCAACAGGAUGAGUACCUUGCUGAGAAAAUGAUUCUUCCAGAGGAAUUGCACACCAUGGGCUUUCUGGAAUGUACAAGGGCAAACUUUGACUACCUUGAUUCCGUUGAAUCUGUCCGAGUUUCUGGCAACAACCACCUGCGAGCUCUACAGAUUUUCCUGGACAUUACUGAUGCGGCUCUGCAAGCGGUGGCCCAACAUCAAGCCCAGAUCUCUGCCUUAGAGAAGGCAAGGAAGGAAGAAGCAGAGUUCAUGAAAAAGGAGGAACGUCGGCUACAGAAACAAAAGGAAGAUGAACAGAAGAAAGCAGAGAAGAAAGCAGAGAAAGAGGCGAAGAAGAGAAAAGCUGAAGAGGCCAAGGCCCUGGCGGCCGAGGCCAAGAAGAGAGCAGGCCCUCACCCGGAUGAGCCUCAGGACGAGGAGAAGCCAAAGACUGGAUCUGGAAAGGCAAGGAAAGGGAAGGGAGCAGGUGAUUUGUCAGAAAGCGAUCAUGCAAUUCUCCGCGCCAAACUUCCUGGUCGGGCUGUUCCAGUUCUGCGGGAUGGCAAAUCGUUU